AUGGCGGCCGGGGAGGCGGUCGACGACAUCACUACGAGGAGCACUCCAGUAAAGAAGCUGGAGGCGGCCUGGAAGCGGAUGGUCACGGUGAUGAUUCACAUGCUGGUCACCGCGCGCAAACAGAUGGUGACCGACUACCUGGUCACCAGGGGGAGACCGAGCUCGCCGGAGAGAACGACGAGCAUGCCGUUCAAGAAGAAGAACCACAAGGACCCCAGCUCCCCCAUCGCACAGGGCAUCGGAGAACCACUUCCAAGGUCGCAAAGUCACAAGAAGUGGGAGUUGGAGCCUCAGUCAUGUCCUCAUGGGCCAGAUCACCUGCGGUGCCGAGCCAACUCCAAAGCGAUGUGGUGGACUUGCCUUCGAUGCGGGAGCCGUUGGAGACGCCUCGACAACACCAAGGAGACGCCGAAGGUGCCCGAGAAGACGUCGGAGGAUGCGGCCACAAUGAUCGAUCGCCGAGGACGUCACUGCCCGCAGUUCCUCCCAGCUCCUCGAGGACGCCCUGCCCAAGGACCUCGCCAAGUGGAGAUCGACGCGCAGGGCAAGGCGAAAGUGACAACGAAGGUCCCGAGCCGAACGGGUGCCGAUGGAUCAACUCCUUCUUCCACUGCGCAUAUCACACCGAGAGCCAAGCGGGAGGUCACUGGGUUGCGGCCCACGCGGCGGGCGAAGACACCGACUCGAUUCCGCGAGGGAGAGGCAGAGAUCCACGAGAUCUACACGGACGACGACACGAUCGACGAGGACAUGGCGAUCGUGGUCCUCGUAGGUGGCGAGGCAGUUGGGCAGGAACGAGGAGCCCUUCCUGCUCAGCGACUGCGACAAGGGCUCCAACGACGCGGUUGGCUGAUGGCGACCAUCCUAGCGAUGUUUACUUGGACGUCAACGAUUGGAAACACCGAGCUCAGACACUUUGGCAAGCCGGUGGAGCACUGCGUCUGGAGCGAAGGUGACCAGGGUUGGAAGUUCGAAGAACCAAGUACCAGCCCGACUUCGUCAACUCGUGUUUCCGGUGAUGUUCACUGCUUUCUGUUCCAAAAGGAGAAUGCCUAUGUGAGCUGGCUAGCAGACGCCUCGGGCAAAGUGGAGGAGGUCCCCAAGGAUGUGAACAAAGUGCUGCAUCAAGCCCUCCUCGGACACGGCGUGGACGUCAGCGAGGUCUACUCCCCACCGCGCCUCACCGCAAGAGCCAAGGAGAGGGGCAUGAAGGUGGGGCCCGCCAUGGAUCUGAUCACAGGCUGGGACUUCAGCGUACGAGCGCACCGUCAAGAAGCUCUACGGCUACUUCGAGAGCACCAGCCAACGCUAGUGGGCCUCAGUCCUCCUUGUGGUCCUUUCUCCGCCAUGCGAAACCUGUCGUCCUUUAAGCGCAAUUCCGAGGUGGUGGAGCAGGAGGUUCGACGCGGGCGCAAGCACCUACGAUUCGCGGUGACCAUUGCACUGAUGCAACUAAAUGCUGGUCGAGGUGAGCUACACCUCAAGCCCACCGUCGUCCUGACCAACGUCGAAGAGAUUGCGAAUGCCCUGGACCGUCGAUGUUCCCGAGACCACACACAUCGGCCGCUGCUGGGCCAUGGCCUUACUCGGCGAGCGGCGGAGUACACGGAGGCCUUCGUGGACGCCAUCCUCGACGGACUCCGUCGACACCUUCAACAACGCCACUUCCCUGUCUUCGGCUUGAACGAUUCGUGGCAGUGGCAAGGAGACGAGCUUGUCUGCAGACAUUUUUCUCCUCGAACGACUACACCAUGCCCCAAAGACUGCCCAUGGGACGUCUCACAGGUGCAGUUCACUGGUCGCCGACGGGUGUGCAAGCAGUUCGUCGCAGGAGACACCAAGACGACUGAGGAUUCCUGGACAAGCACUCCGGGUGCAGCGGACGCGCGGCCUUGGACUGGCACUGCGCGGUUCCAAGUCCAGCAUGCCAUGAUGCUUCCCAAGCCCUUCCAGGAGUACGCCGACUGGCUGUCUCGUGGUCCUGCGCAUCCCCUCUACCAAUACCAGCAGGAGGAGACCGCUUUUCUGCACGAGUACCUCAGCCUCUUUCCUUCGCACAGAGUUUUGGAGGGGCGGGAACAAGAACGGCCAGGUGUGCCAGGUGCUCAGGAUGAGGCAGACAGCGGCGGCUUCGACCUGGACGAUUUUCUCGACAACCUGGGUGGCGACUCGGAUGACGAGGAACAGCUUGCCCAGGAGGACGACUUGCGUGUGGUCAGCAAGGAGCUCCGCGAGCUUCCCGUGGAGCCGAAGCGGUUGGAUGAUGACGUUUCGGACAUCCCUCCCGAACUACGUCGGGAACUUUAUCGCAUUCAUCGAAAUCUCGGGCACCCUGACCUCCAAACCUUCUGCCGGGCCCUGAGACAUGCCGGAGUGAAGAAAGAAGUGCUCAAGUGGGUCAAGAACAAGUUCCACUGCCCCAUUUGCGCCCGACGCAAAAAGCCCAAUAGUCAUCGGCCAGGCCAUCUUGCCCGGCACCUGGGCUUCAAUGCCGUUGUUGGCAUCGAUCUGGUCUUUGUGCAUCGCAAGGUGAUACUGAACUGUGUCUGCUGGGGCACUCAUUAUCAGAUGGCCAUGAUCCUUCCCAACAAAGAAGCAUCCAACGUAGCCAAGGCGUUCAUGGCAGGAUGGAUGAAAUACUUUGGACCACCAGAAAUGGUGGUAAUGGACCAGGGAUCGGAGUUCGUUUCCAAGGACUUCGCCGACGUCAUUGGGGAAUGGGGCGUGGUCAUGCACAUGACCGACGUGAGAAGCCCCUGGCAGAACAGCAGAACCGAGCGCGCAGGCGCUACACUGAAGGCGGUCCUGCACAAGCUCUGCGACGAGCAGUCGGCCCUCUCCGAAGAGGAGUUCAACUUGGCGUUGGAUGCGGCGGUCUGGUGCCGCAACCAAUACUUCGACAGGUCGGGGUUCUCCCCCUGUCAGCGUGUCUUCGGGCGGAGCAUGAGGGUCCCAUACGCUCUCCUCUCAGAUGAUGUCCUGGACCGCGACCUGGUGAACCAUGUUCAUUCGGAUGACAUGCGGAGAGCGCAGAAGCUCCGAAACGAUGCCAUGGAGGCAUGGGCAGAGGUACAGGAUGAGACCGCCAUUCACCGGGCGGCCAAAACCAACACCCGCAACGCCGACCUCAAGGAGAUUGUCAAUGGAGACGUUGUAUAUUUGUGGCGACACACGACAGACUACGUGGGAUGGGUUGGUCCUGGUGUGGUCGUGUGCCAGACAGAGAACGGCAGAUCCUUAUGGGUAAGCCUACGGGGAUACCUCAUCAAGGCCUCGAGAGAGCAGGUGCGACAGGCAACUAACGAGGAGCACCUGGGCGCGGAACUGGUCAAGGUCAUGUCCGGAGAACUGCUGGAGCAGCUGGAAUCCGGGAAGUUGCGCCACUUUCGCGACAUACGAGACGAAGGAGGUCCUCCGGAAGCCCACGUGAAUGAUGAUGUGGAGAUGCCCGAACUCGCGGCCCAGGGAGAUGUACAACCAGGAGAAGAUGAAACCAUGGAGGCUCCGGAAGAAGCUCACGAAGGACAAAGCACGAGAGUUCCUUCUACACGUUCAUCCCGACGUCCAAGCACGACCUCGGCGCCGCUUUCCGAACUUCCCCGAACAAGCACAGUGGAGGUCCCAGCUCCCUUGCCUAUGCGAGAAGACAGUGAGAUGUUGCCGAGAGAGCGUGCAGCAGAGACGACCGCGAAUGGCUCGAGUCGUGGCGGCGCAGAUGCUCG